GUUGCCGCUCUCAGCGGGCGGCUCGUCGUGCGUUAGUUGAUUGUGAACGUUGCUGCUGGUUGGAACGUCCGGCCGCAUGCCGUUUGGGGUUUGAGCGUUUUGUCGAUGUUGACAUCGUAGUAAGGCCGCUCGUCCGUGCGUAUGUGGCAACACCGCUUACGUUUGUGUACGUGUGUUUGGCGGUUCAACUUGAAAGCGCAUGCAGCAUCGUUACGAUACUACUAAAAGUGAUCAAAAGUCGCUCAAAAAUUGAUCUCACCCGGUGAUCGACAGUGCUAGCUAAGGGAAUAGAUAUUUUAUUCCAGAUGUGCUUGCUUUCUAAGUGGUGUGCAUAAAAAUGCUGUGAUCAUUGAUCAUGUAACCGUGAAAAAAUAAAAGUGAUGUUUGAAAAGCAGUGUAUUGAUGUAACAUAGUGGCAGAUUUUUGAAUUAGUGAAUGAAUUAAAAUAAUUUAAAAAAAACCUGUUGUGAAACAUAGCAAUUAUUACUCUCUGUGUGCACUAGUGGAUAAAGCUUUCUCUGGUAAUUGGAUUACUGAAAUAUUGCAUACAUUUUAACAAACCAUUCACGUUUACAAUUACAAUGAAAGUGAUGAAUAGCUACGAAGUAAACAGAAAACACCCGUUCCAAUACAACUAAAUUUGCGCUUGUAAAAUAUUAGCUGCAGUUAUAAAGCGUAGGCAAAGUUAUUUAAAAAAUCACCGUGUUUAUCAAUCCUCCUCUGAUCGCGGCAACACCCAGCUGCAGAUAACUACUUACGUACGUGUUGCACCGCACUAGGCGCUUUUAUAGUAGACGUGUGUGCUAGUGUAUUGAUGUGAUUGUGCAAUCUCAAGCGAGUGUAUCGGUGAGUGGUGAUCGUGCGCAAUAGAAAGCUUCCUCUGUUACACAGUAGCCAUUAUCGCCCGCAUCCGGAGUCACAUCGUACCACUGAUGAUUACUACGGCUUAGUGAUCCUGGCCGUUUGUUUUGCUGGAGCCUCCAUAUAUGGUGCGUGCUCAGUGUGUUUGUUCGAGUGUUUGUGUGUGUGUGUGUGUAUGUGUGUACAUGUGUGCGUUUGUCCAGUUUUUGUGUGAGCGUGUGUGAAGUGAUAGUGUAUGUUUCACCUGCACCUUCGUCCCAGCUGGUCGGUGCGUGAGUGAGACGUGCGUGCCAGUGACACUGUUUUCUCCGAAACCCUGCUGCCAAGAUCUCACCGACGCCAUCAAUGAUAAUGUCACGUAGGAAGCAGUCCAACCCAAAGCCACUUCUUCAGAAAAGAGACGAUGAGGAAGCCGGUGGUGAUGAACAGUCCCAGCAGCAGCAAACACAAAGCACAGCGGAGGAAAACGGUGAUAGCAACAGCACAAUAGGAAGCAACAGUGCAAACAGCAGCAGCAGCAGCAGCAACAGCAGUGGCAGUAAUCACAGCAGCAGAAGUAACAGCCGGGCCGAAAUGAACGGCGGUGGAAUGGAGGGAGGAGGCAGUGCACAGGACACAAAACCACCCUGCCCCGAGACGGAAAUGGGGGCGAGCGAGCGGGGUAGUGCAUCACCGCACCGGACGGCGACGGACGAACGUUGCGAAACGCCGGCGGAUGAAACGAUGCCGCUGCGCGAAAUCAAGCAGGAACCGAACGCAGAGCAGGAAGCGGCACGGCACGACCAUCGGCCGGGAUCGAGCAGUUCCUCCUCCCACGGGGCACCGCACACACCGUCCCCGACGCCGAUGCCGAUGCUGCGCCUGAACGUGGCCCUGGCCGCCGAUCCGGCCGCCAACCCGGACGCGAAGGAUCUCAAGAACCUCAGCGAUGCCGAGGCGGCCCUCGAGGAGAAGCAAUCUCAGCAGCUGCACCAGCAGCAGCACGCACUCAACAUGGCGAUCGGAGGACCUCCGCCACCGCCCGCCCUUCAGCAGCUGGCCAGCAGCACACCGCCCGCCCUGCUCGCCCGCAAACCGAAGGAGCUGGCCCUGCCGGUCGAGCUACCCCCGCGGCUUCCCAUGUUCAUCUGCGGCCCGUGCGGCAUUCGCUUCUCGUCCGCGUCGACGCUCGAGGCGCACCAGACGUACUACUGCUCGCACCGUAAAGAUGCGGACGAGGGGGGUGGUGGUGGGGGUGGUGGAGCGGGCGCCGGUGGAACGGGAAACAGUGGAGCGAACGCCACCGUCACUGGCGGGCCUUCGUCGGGCGGCGUAAAGAACGCACAUCCAGGCGGCGAGGGUGGUGAGCAACCGCCGGCAAAGGCGCUCAAGACGGGCAAACAGUACGCCUGCUCGCAGUGCUCGUACAGUGCGGACAAGAAGGUGUCGCUGAACCGGCACAUGCGCAUGCACCAGUCGUCGCCCUCGCCGUCCCCGGUCGGUGCGAUCGUGAACGGAGACGAAGCGAUCGUGCUCGCUAACCACCAUCAACAGCAGCAGCAGCACCAGCAGCAGCAGCAGCAGCUACAGCUCAUCCAGGCGCAAGCUGUUGCGGCUGCCGCUGCCGUGCUACACCAACAGCAGCAGCAGCAGCAGCAAGGCCAGCAGCCGUCACAAGGCCCCGCGCCACAGGUCGACCGCUACUGCUCGGACUGUGAUAUACGAUUCUCCAGCACCAAGACAUAUCGGGCGCACAAGCAACACUACUGCAGCUCGCGCCAUCGGGAAGGCAAUCAGUCAAACAACUCCACACCCAAGCCGGCGUCGGCACCGAAAUCGGGCUCGCAAAGCCCGCCGGACGUGCCGAAAACGCCACCGGUCGGGUCGGCGGCCGCAGCGGCCGCCAGCAGUCAGCAACCGUUCCUGGCGUUGCCCACCAACCCGAUCAUCGUGAUACCGUACUCGCUGAUUCGGGGCGCGAGCGUUAUUCCGGGACUGCUCUCAUCGCUCGCACCAGGCGUGGCCAAUCCCGAGUCGGCUUGUUUCAUCCUACAGAACGGCAGCCUGCAGCCAAUUGCGAUGUCGCUCGCGUCCCAGGUGCAAGCCGUUACGGCCGCCAUCGUGCCGAGCGGGUUCGAAGGGCUGAUCGGAUCGUCCGGUGGUCCAGCAGCAACGCGGCCAGGAAUAAGCAGCGGCAACCAGCAGCAAACGCACCAACAGCCCGCCCAGCCACCUUCUCGCGGACCCACACCGAACAUAUCGAACAGUAGCGACAACAAUAGCGUACACAGCGGCUCCGGUGGUGGAGGGCCUGCUUCCAGCACCGGGGAAGUACUGAAAGCGAUCAACAAGCGAGAAAACUCCGCCAACAGAGAUGCUCCGACCGGUUCCACGCCGUUGGAUCUUUCCGUGCGUCGCCUCUCGCCCGGUGCCAUCGGUAGCUUAAGUUUGCGCGAGCGAUCGCUCUCGCUGUCGUCCGCCGUUUCCGCCGACCCGCGGCUCGACUUUGACAGUCUGAUGGAGGGCAAGGAGAAUCUGUCCGUCAGCGGCGACUCGCUCACACCGGAACAGAUCGUCUGUGCGCCGUCCCUUCCGGGCAGUCCGCCGCUAACUCCUUCCCCGAAGCGUCGCUCUAACAGUCCCCGAGGAGGUGGUGGUGGCGGUGGUGUCCCUCCUCCCGUCUCUAACGCCACUACAGCGGCAGCUGUAGCGGCUGCUGCUCAUGCGGCUGCCGCCGCCGGUCAACACGGACUUGGCGGCCCAGUCGGAGGCUUAUCCCUCUCACCGCUAACACUCCAGCAGCAGCUGAUGCGACCGCUGCUCCCGGCGGACAUUGCCCUGCGCCUCUCGGCCGUCGGUGAUCCGGGCGUCAAUCUGAACCUCAACAUCCUGCCCAACACUCACCCGCUGCUGACGAAGCAAAGCGUCGAGCUGGCCCUGCGGCUCUCCUCGUCCGCCGGUGUCCCUGUCGGCGACGGGGGACUAGCGAAGCCACAGAUUUCUCCCCUGCUGAACAGCAUCUCGCCGACCGGGUCGGUGGGCGGUGGGGGACCGGCCGCUGCCGUACUGGCGGCUGCCGCCCAAACGCCGCAAAUCUUCGUCAAGCAGGGCGACUCCAAGUGCAAGGAGUGUAACAUCGUGUUCUGCAAGUACGAGAACUAUCUCGCCCACAAGAAGCACUACUGCUCCGCCCGCAACCAGGACGGCGGUGGCGAUGGGGAGCUGCCCAAGGUUAGUCCACCGAUAUCACCGCAAGCGAUGGGUGGUGGUGGUGGUGGUGGUGCUGGAGGCGGUGGAGUAUCGUCGGGGGGCAGUCCGGCCAUUGGUGUAGGAGCGGUUGCGUACCAGCAGCUGAUCUGUGCGGCGUGCGGCAUCAAGUUUACGUCGUUGGAUAAUCUCAGCGCGCAUCAGAUGUACUACUGCCCGAAGCGUAUCGAUGCCACGCUGCCAGUGAGCGCCACAACAACGACGGUGGUGACAGCGCAACCGCACAAGGAACGCUGCUCGAAGUGCAAAAGCAUGCACGAGCCGGGCCAACCGUGCACGGUGGCCGGGCACGGCGCCUACAAGUGUCCGAUCUGUGAGGUCAUCAGCCCGAACUCGACCGAGGCACGGCGCCACAUGGAUACGCACGGUGGGGUGAAAGCGUUUCGCUGCACGAUCUGCCGGUACAAGGGCAACACGUUACGCGGCAUGCGCACCCACAUCCGGAUGCACUUUGACAAGAAGACGAACGAAUUCAAUGAGGAAAACUUUAUCACCUGCAUACUGGAGGAGGACGGUAUUGAGAUACCGCCGGCCGGCGCACAGAAUGCAGCCGCCAUGGCCGCAGCCGCUGCAGCCGCCGCCGCCCAUGCGCUCGCCUCGCAGAAGAGUUUUGCGCCACCACCACCCUCGGAAGCGGACGGGGUGGCACGCAUCUCACCACCAACGGCCGGCAAUGGGCAAUCGGUGCGGCACCACUGUGAGUUUUGCCCGUACAGCUCAAGCUAUCGCGUGAAUGUGGCCAAACAUAUCAAGCACGUGCACGGCCGGGACGGGCCUUCGCCCGGUAGUUCGCCCCUGAUCGGCGAGGGAGGUGAAUCGCUGCUGUACAACGGUACCGGACCGGUGGCAGGAGACUCGAGCAGCGUCAUCGCACGGCCACCGAUCGCCGUCACGCCCGGUCUAACCAUGGCCAAUAGUCAAGUGAUCAAAACGGAACCAAAGGACGAAGCGGGCCACGCGCCCAGCCCGGACGCACCGGACGCGCUCGACAUCAACGUGGACAUCGUGCUGGAGGAGCCGCCGGCGAUCAAGAGCGAAGUGUUCGAUCCGCACAUGCCGUCGCUCAACUCACCGCUCACUUCGCCGGUCACUCCCUCUCCUCCUGCUGCUGGUGCGGCUCCGGCAGCAGUGCCAUCGACCACCGUGAAACAGAAAUCUCACCCCACCAACGCCGCCAGCUCACCGGGGGGCCGGACGGAGCACGGCAUUAAAACGCCGUCACCGCCGGUGGAAGUGUCGGCCGGUGGUUCGACCCAGCUGCCACCCGGGCCCAAGUACUGCGACACGUGUGAUAUUACCUUCAACUACACCAACACGUACAUUGCGCACAAAAAGUUCUACUGCAAGGCGGCAGUGGCAGCAGCGGCGGCAGCGGCAGCAGGGACAGCAAGUGCAUCCGCCGGGUCCGGCGUUGGUCGGCGCAGUGCAUCCGCUUCACCGAGCCGGGCAGCAUCGACCAGCCCGGCCGUCACCGUGGCCGUGAAUCGGGCGACGGAAACGUCCGUUUAAGGAAGGGUUGAUCGAGCAUUAUCAUGUGUAUACGGUUUAAGUUUAGUCAGAAUUACAGAAGGCAGUGCGAGAGAGAGAGAAAGAGAAAGAGAGAGACACUUACCCAUAGGAGGUCUCGCUCGAUCGUUCUCGCUCGCUGCUGUCGGACGGUUCCUUAAAGGAAGUAGUGCAUUUCCCAGGAAAUAAAAACGGGCAAACGUGUGUUGUAUGUAAAGCCGGAAUCUAACUGGUAUCGAGGGUUUUUGUAGGCAAACUAGGGAGGGAAAACGACAGUUUUUUCGACUGAAAAAUGUAUUCCCAUUGGACUUAGAGGUGUAUUCCCAUUGGACUUUGGAUCCUCGUAGAAAGGCGUAGAGAGGAAUGUUUCCAAAAAAACGAAAUACUUGCGCUAAAUUCUGCUCAAAAUCUCCAAUUGGAAACAAAACAAAAAAACGCACACCAGCACCGAACGUUUAUUUAAAUGAAUCAAUUUAAGCUUGUUGUUUUCUGUUGAGAUCCUACGAAAUCCUUCUCUAAAUCUCUCUCACCGCUCAUCCUCCCAAAAUUCUUCUCCUUCUCUUGUAGUGCGAAACUAUAGAACUGGGGACAAUUGUGUAGUUCAAUUAAUUAAUUAAUGCCACCCCGGAAUUGUUUAUAAGCGCCCAACUUUAAGCGAAGUACCAUUAAAGCCUGAGUUUACCAAAGUGUUUAUCGUUUAUCGUCGUACGUGUAUAGUUUUGUGUGUUGUAAAGCAAACGCACAAACAAAUCACCACUAUCAGAUAACUGUCUGUUUGUGUAUAUAUAUAUAGGAAACAGGAGCAAAAGUACUGUUUAGCGCGCCAUCAUUAUAUGUUAAGCGGAGCUGGUUUGUUUUUAAUUGCUAUAUAUGCAUUUAAAAGCGCGUAACAGCCAUAAAGUAGCCGUGUUUCGCACUGGGUCGCGUGUAGUCUGCAAGGGGAAGCCGGGGGGGGGGAGAUUAGUGUAAAUGUUAAAUGUACACAGUAAACGAAUAAACGACAACAAAUUAUAAGGCUGGAUUUAAAACAACACAAACCCCUAUUACUUACUUAAAAUGAACCUUUUUUCUGUGCAAUCGAUGCGCAUCGUCCUGUGUCGCUAAUGCGUGCCCUUCUCCAAACUAACGGUCUCCCGGCCCAGACCAGAGCUGCAACCUGAUAUCGGAAGCUGAGAUAUUGAAUUUUGCAACAUAAUCACUCGUGGUGGUGGUAGCUCGUUGUAGUGUGUGUGUUGUUGUGUAUUUCCUAAAGCUCUCGAACGGAAUUUCGAAAUAAAAUGUAAUGUAAGCCCAUUUAACCGCAGUGGCGCAGCCAUCCUUCACAGCCAUAUAUACGGGAACGGGAGAUCAGGUGGCAAUGUGUACAGUAAAGCCGCAUAUUAUAAAAAAAGAAACACUUCAUCCACUGAAAAGGAGGGGAGAGAUACUGAAAAGAAAUUGAAUGUGAUGAUAUCAAUCAAAUAAACAUACGCCGCAUAUUAAAACAGCGCAUGAAGCUUUGGAGAGAAGGAGAAAAGAGAAGCGAAAGAAUGUGUAAAUAACAAUUAAAAGUGAAUAUCAACUUAAGCAAACAAACAAAAACAAUAAAACACUUUCUCAAUGUGUGUCUUGGUAUGGGUGUUUGUGCGUGCAAAAAGAAAAGGUAAAAUUACGCACGAGCAUAGCAACAACAACAAAAAACAGUCAGUAACUUUAUGCAAUACACAAAAUUGGGGGAAAAUUGGGAGAAAACUUACAGAGCGCAGACACACACACGGCAUACGAACCUUAGUAGCAGAAGCGGAAAUUGACAAUAACAUAUUUGUUCACUACUUCAUCGUGGUAGGCGAUGGAUGGCCACGUGCCACCACCCCACGGCGUGCUGAUUGCGCGGCGGAUGCUGAUGCGCGUGCUUCUCGUGGUGCGCACGUGGUGUGCGCACAGAGGUAAGCAGAUCUGUAGUAUGUUAGCGUUUAGUGUAAAAGCAGUUGGUAGUAGUUGUAGCACACGCAAAAUAAAGCUAUCCCAAAACUAAUGAACUUACAAGCGAGCACAAGCAUUAAUGGUAUGAUUGGAGGGGGGAUGAAAGGGAACCACUUCUCUUAGCCAGUGCCAAGGGAAUGCCUCUUUUGCUCUCUACAACCCCAUCUUCGGAUAGACCCCUUGUCCUCAGUAGCAGAAUGUUUAAGGAAAACUUUCGAGGAAAUUCCACAGCCCUCGUCAAACGCAAGAUCACCCCCCACUUAAUGGCAAUGUUAAAAUAAACCCCCCAUUUUUCUCGGAGAUUGAAAAAUAAAACGCAACACUAAGUAUGUGGAUUAAACAGAA